GCCUGUCUCUGCUAGAUUCUGUCCUAGACAAGUCGCUUGGAGAUUUUUACUUAGUUUUUGCUUCGUAAUUGAAUUCGUCGUCGUCGUAUUGCUUAGUGUCAUAAUGAUUGCUAACCGGUACAACGAUAACUGUGUGGAGUAUACCCAGAAGGGUACGCGUUGUUUGAGGAAGGUACCCCUAGCCUUAGGAAUUGAAGGAGAGUGCUGGCAACACCGUCAACAGCCAGCCGAGGUCCAGUGCUCUGCACAUACUGGGCUUCAUGGGAAUGGCAGACGUUGCAGCCGGCGUGGACGUCACACGCUAGACGAAAACGCCGUUGAACUCUACUGCACGCAACACGUCAACAAGUUGCAUCGCGAGAACGGCCGUGCGGAGGUCGUUUCUGCUAAUCGCCAACAGCAGGAUGAACAGCGUCACCGCGUCUGGUAG